CCUACAGGCAGUGACCGGACCUACCACCAGUGGCUCCUCACUGUGAAGAAAGGGGGCGGAGCUAUUUUUCAGACCGUGAAGACCAAAGCCAACCCAGCCAUGAAGACCGUCUACAAGUUUGCAAAGGACCACGCCAAGAUGCGCAUCAAAGAGGUCAAAAGCCGGUUGAAACAGAAGGAGCAGGGGGAGAACGGCUUCGCCACCCCUGGGUCAGCAGGGAAUGAUGACGACAGCACCGCAGAGUUUGCUUUCCCCGCCGCCACGGUCCUGAGGGGUGGAGCUGAGCGAACAUGGGACGGCCACCGGCCAGUGACUGUGCACUUUGGACAGGCCCAGCCUCCAACACUACUGAAGAGGCCCAGCAGUAAUGUGAGUCUGGAGAGCAGCUGUGAGCACUCUGUCCGUCCCACUCGUCACUAUACCGUGUUUCUUUCUGAGGAUUCAUCUGGAGACGAGCUCCAAUAUGACGAAGAGUCCAUAUCUGGCUUCCCUGACAGCUUUCUUUUCUCUGCGCCUUUUGACUGGUCACCUCUGCCCCAGCCCUACCGCUCCCUAAAGGAGGUGGAGCUAAUGGAAGGAGAUGAGUUUGGUGUGGGUGCAGAGAGCCAUACUGCACCUCCCAGCCCCGUCAAUGAAAGGUUCUCCAACCUCAACCUCCUGGGGGACAUUUUCAGAUGCCAGGAGGAACCAGACUGCCAACCUGCCCCGCUGGCUAAGAGUCUAGAAGACCUGCGGACACCCAAAGACCCUGAGGAGCUUCAGGCCAAGUUCAACUUCCAGAGGUUGGAUCUGAGCGUCAGUGAAAACUCCAGAACCCUUCCAGGGCUCAAACUCUCCAAUCCUUACAACAAGCUGGGUGCUUUAGGGAAGGACAGCCGAGUCCCGCCUGUCUGUCUCCGUCCCGCUCCAUCAGUCCAGCUGCCUGUGCACACCGAGUCCUGCUCCCCUCCCAGGGAAACCUCUGGCUCAGCCGUAGACUCUUUGGACCCGUCCGCCAUCGGGAACAUCACCAUUCCUCGUCCCCAAGGGAGGAAGACACCAGAGCUAGGAGCGGUUCUGGCGCCCCCUGCUGUCCAGUCGCGAUCCAAAGCUGUGGGUUCCAGGGAAGGACGAGCUGCUCCAGGCAGGGAAGAGUUCAGGCAGGCCCUGAGUAUGAGCUCAGAGGGACAGCAGGCCCUGGAGGACAGCGCAGACCUGAUCAGGCUGUUGGACCCUCUGAACAGCUCGGCGCCGCCCUCCUCUGCUCCAGUAGACGGGUUAGAUAUGGAGUCAUCAUUGGCAGGAAGGCCCGCCCUCCCCCCGAGGCCCUACCACCAAGGCCCGCCUCCUUUCCCUCUUCAUCAUCCUCACGUCUCUCUGAACCCGUUCGCCCAGUCCGUCCAGCACUACUCGCCCUCCGUCUGCGGGAAUCCCUUCAGCGUGGCCUAUGGACCUCCCCCCGCCUCCUUCAUGCACACCUCCUUCUCUGCACUACCAGGGAUCCACAGACAGCUGUCCCCCUGCAGCUCCAGCCAUGGACUGGCUCAGACAGCAGCCGCCUCUCUGCCUCAGACCUCUGACAGCAGCCACGCCCUCUCCAGCCCGCUGGACGCCGCCAUGAAGCCGCUGCAGGCGCAGGGCCCCGCCCAGAAAGCCAAGGACCCUUUUGGGGACCUGCUGAGCAUGGCCACCCCUGUUCUACCACAGAAGAAGAAGGCAGAGGACCCCAGGAGGAAGUGGGAAACCUUUGACUGAUUGCGCUGCUGCACCAGGCUCCGCUGGGCUGCUGCUAAGCAACAAUCAACACUACGGCGUCCCAGUGAGGCUCCGCCUCUUUCUGGAUCCUGACUCAUCACAUGACUCACCUUAAGAAGCAGAUCCAGCAGAUUCUGGAUUUGAUUGGCUGAUUUAUCAGGAGCUUAUUAAGGUCUGAAUAAAAAAGAAAACUGCUGAGCUUUUCUUUAUCUGGAGAACAUUCUCCUCUUCCUCAUCCUCCUCUUCCUCCUCCUCCUCUUCAUCCUGCUCCUCUUCAUCCUGCUCCUCCUCCCCCUCAUCUUCCUCCACCUCCCCCUCUUCCUCCUCCUUUUCUUCUUCCUCCUUCUCUUCUUCCUCCUCCGCCGCCUGCUGCUGUGGUGCGUAGAGAUCAUCUUAUAGAUGUGUUCUUACUUCUCCAUCUGUUCUCUGCACAUCCCGUCAGCCCUAUUCUCCUCCCUCUCGCUCCCCCUAGUGUGAUCAGCUAGUAUUACAUCAGGUUACCAAAGCCCCGCCCCCUUAGCUCCAGCCGGCCUGUGGACCUCCAUCCAGACGCUAACACUCUGCGCCUCCUCAGCCCUUCUUUUGGUGACGUUCUUGUUGUUUCAGCUGCUUUUCUCUGUAGUUAAUCAGUGGAAAUGUUUCCUCUCUUCCUGCUAAUAUUAAAGCAGAAUCACUCACAGCGAAAACAGACUAAUAUCCUGAAAAUCAUCUCUGAUUGUUCAUCUCAAUAAAUAGAAACACUGUUU